UCUGGUCUGGUCAAUAACUUCAAAUGUCGUUUCUAGAAUUUGUAAGACCCGGGCUGAAAGGGUGAAUACGUAACUUUACUUAUCCCAUCUUUUUUCUUCCUCCCUCUUCCUUAUCCUCUGCAAUUUUUAUCAAUUAUAUUAUCUCCUCCUCCUUCUCCUCCCUACUCGCCAUAGCCACAACUCCUCUUUCUUUGUGUCUCUUCACAGACACAAAGACACACCAACAUCACAUUCAAUAACAUGUCUAUGUCUCUUUCUCUUGUUCGUCUCUCUUGUUCCUCUCAUUCAAUUCCUCCCCAAUUACCAAAUUCUCGUACUGCCCGUUUCAGUUUCUGCCGCUAUAGACGCAGACACGUUUCUGCUUCAUCUUCCAUUCACCGUGGUCUCUUCAAAGUCCAUUCCCUUUCCAGCCUCGGCGGAGCUCAUGAGUUUGACAGCAUAAGCCAAAGGAGCCACGAUGAAGAAGAAGAUGACGAACAACAAAUUAGGACUAGGGCUAGUAAUGAACAUCAAGUAGACGAUGAAGAAGAAGAUGAAGAAGAAGAAUCUAUCAGCUCUUGUGUUUUCCCUGAAAGAUGGGAUGUCUUAGGUCUUGGACAAGCCAUGGUAGACUUUUCUGGCACAGUGGAUGACGAGUUCUUGAAGAAUUUAGGAUUAGAAAAGGGAACAAGGAGACUUGUAAAUCAUGAGGAAAGAGGUAGAGUUUUGCAGGCCAUGGAUGGUUGCAGCUAUAAAGCUGCCGCUGGUGGAUCGCUUUCUAAUACCUUAGUUGCCCUCGCAAGGCUUGGAGGUCGCUCCCUACAAGAUCCUGCUAUAAAUGUGGCAAUGGCCGGCAGUGUUGCGAGUGAUCUGUUGGGUGGUUUCUACAGGGAAAAAUUACGCCGAGCAAAUGUGCAAUUUCUGUCUGUGCCUAUCAAGGAUGCGACAACUGGAACAGUUAUAGUACUUACAACUCCAGAUGCUCAGCGCACAAUGCUUGCAUAUCAGGGCACAUCUUCAACCGUUAACUUUGACACUUCCUUGGCAAGUGCAGUUUCUAAGACCAACAUACUUGUUGUUGAAGGUUAUCUAUUUGAACUUCCCGAUACUAUUAAAACAAUAACAAAAGCAUGUAUGGAAGCUAGGAGUAAUGGUGCUCUGGUUGCAGUAACAGCUUCAGAUGUCUCCUGCAUUGAGAGACAUUUUGAUCAUUUCUGGGAGAUCAUAGGAAAUUAUGCAGAUUUAAUCUUCGCAAAUGUUGAUGAGGCGAGAGCUCUUUGUAAUUUUGAUGCAAAGGAGACCACUGUUUCUGUUACAAGGUAUCUAAGUCAGUUUGUCCCUCUAGUAUCUGUUACGGACGGUAUCAGAGGCUCUUACAUAGGUGUAAAAGGCGAAGCCGUAUACAUCCCUCCCUCUCCAUGUGUUCCAGUGGAUACCUGUGGUGCUGGUGAUGCAUAUGCUUCUGGUAUUCUGUAUGGUGUUUUACGAGGCAUGUCAGAUUUGAGAAGUAUCGGUACAAUAGCAGCUAAGGUUGCGUCCACUGUUGUUGCGCAGCAGGGAACGAGGCUUCGAAUUUCAGAUGCAGUUAAAUUGGCUGAAUCUUUUGCAUUUCAACUUGAUACAUCGACUGUUCGAUCUGAUGUCGGUACUGAUCAUAUUUCCAGUGUUUAAUUAGAUUGUAAACUUACAUUGAGUUCCAACAUUCUUUCAUAAGAUGAAAGAAGGAAUUUAUUCCUUUGAUUUAUUUCAAAAGUCAUGUAAAUACUUUCAUUGUAAAAAGAUAGCUAUAGCUAUGAUGACAAUUAAAUUAUUUAGAUUUCUGACCAUUCUUCA